GGGAGGCAGCAGGGCGACCGGGUGGAGGUGGAGAGCAGCGUCUCAUUCUUGCCGUGUGAGAUCACGGAGCGGCAGAAUGUGUCGGGAUCCGCUCGACUGCUGAGAACAAGACCCGACAGGAGGGAGGACACAAGGACUUAGGAGGGAGGAGAGGAAGCAGGCGGAGGAGGAGACCUGGAGGAGCUCUGGGAUCCUCCUGGAUCUACAAAACUGAAAGGAUCCAGUUGGAAAAGUGUCUCAGAGGGCCGAGCUACUGGCUCACCGGGACACCAUGACCUAUCUGAACGUGCUGGCCAAGGCGCUGUACGACAACGUGGCCGAGUCGUCUGACGAGCUGUCGUUCCGUAAAGGCGACAUCAUGACGGUGCUGGAGCGAGACGCGCAGGGAUUGGACGGCUGGUGGCUGUGCUCGCUCCACGGGCGCCAGGGCAUCGUCCCCGGCAACCGCCUCAAGAUCCUGGCGGGCAUGUACGACGGCCGGCAGCAGGCCACGCCCUCGGAGCCGGCCGCCUCCUGCCCCUCCUCCCAGAGGCCCCUCCCCCCUCCGAGCGCCGGCGCUCCUUCCUGCUCGGGGUUUCCCGCCAAGCCGCUCAACCGGACGCAGUACAGCGCGAUGCGCCCGGCCUACGGCGCCCCAAGCCCCGCCUCCAUCUACAUGAUGCCCCCCUCCCACGGGCCCCAGCCAGGGCCUCAGAGUCUGUACCAGAUCCCCUCGGGGCCAGGAGGACUCCCUCAAGGGCCCCCCAGCAAGGCCCCGCUCCGGGCCCAGAGACAGUACCAGGACAUCUACCAGGUGCCCCCUCAUGGGGGCCCAGGGCAGGACGUCUACCAGGUGCCCCCUCAUGGGGGCCCGGGGGAGGAGGUCUACCAGGUGCCCCCUCAUGGGGGCCCGGGGCAGGAGGUCUACCAGGUGCCCCCUCAUGGGGGCCCGGGGGAGGAGGUCUACCAGGUGCCCCCUCAUGGGGGCCCGGGGCAGGACGUCUACCAGGUGCCCCCUCAUGGGGGCCCGGGGCAGGACGUCUACCAGGUGCCCCCUUUGCUGGACAAGAGGAGCUGGGAGAGCAGCACCAAGCCGCUGGGCAAGGUGGUGGUCCCCACCCGGGUGGGGCAGGUGUACGUGUUCGACGCCGUGCAGCCGGAGCCGGACGAGUACGACCUGCUGCCCCGACACGACAUCUACGACGUGCCGCCCGCACGCCAGCAGCACCACACACAGGUGUAUGACACUCCUCCCAUGGUGGUGAAGGGCCACUCUGGUGGUCAGGAUAUAUAUGACACCCCAGUUAGCUCGGACAAGAGCACACAUCAGACGGUCUACGACUUCCCUCCAUCCGUCAGCAAAGACGUUCCCGACUCUCAACCAAUCAGGGACGAGACCUACGACGUCCCGCCCCACUUUGCCAAACUCAAGCCGCCGCCCCCCGGCCGGUACGCGCACGGCGGCCACGACGACGUCAUCGACGACGAGCCGCCGAUCCCCGAGGACGUGUACGACGUCCCGCCCCCCGUCCUGACGGACAAGCGUUACCGCGGCGACAGGACCGGAGCGGGCCGGCCCCCCCAGGACGUCUACGACACCCCCGCCAGCCUGCGGGGGGGGGGCCCCCACGACCACGACGUCUACGACUUCCCCCGGGAGCGGGAGGACCAGGGGGACCGCUCGGUCUACGACGUCCCCCCACAGGUGAUGCGCGACGCCCCGUCCUCGGGGGAGGAGCUCGCCUCGUCCUUCAAGCGCCUGUCGGCCUCCAGCACCGGGAGCACCCGGAGCAACCACUCCUCUUCCUCCUUGGACACGGUGCCGGUCCGGGACUCCUCCUCUUCCUCCUCCCUCUCCGCCCCUGGCUCCGCCCCCGGGAAACCCCUCAUGCUGGACCUGGAGCAGGCCAUGGAGCGGCUGUCCCGCCUCCAGCAGGCCGUGGAGUCCAGCGUGUCCCUCGUGAUGUCCUUCAUCACGGGUAACUGGAGAAGCCCCGCCCACCUGGAAGGGAACCUGCCCGCCAUCCAUCAGGCCGCGGACCGGGUGCGCUGCGCCGUGCGGGACUUCCUGGAAUUUGCCCGCGGCGCCGUGGCCAACUCCGCCCAGGCCACGGACCGCGCCCUGCACGCCAAGCUGGGCCUCCAGGUGGGCAAGAUGGAGGAGGUGUUCCAGAGCCUGGUGAGGCACGGCCAGGGCCUGGACGCCGUGGCCUGGGCGCACGCCGCGCUGGCGGCGCCGCCGCCGGGGGGCGACGACCUGGACCGGCUAAUCAUGACGGCGAGGGGCGUCCCCGACGACGCCAAGCAGCUCGCCUCCUUCCUGCACGGCAACGCCUCGCUGCUCUUCAAGCGGACCCACCGGCAGCAGCAGCAGCUGCCGCUGCCCCCCCUCCCGGGGGAGGGUCACGGGACGGGGUCGGGGAGCGGGACCAAUCAGGGAGGGGAGAGGGGCAGCAUUCAGUCCAGGCCCCUCCCCUCGCCGCCAAAGUUCACGGCUGCAGAGGAAGAGGACGGCGAGGAGCGGCAGUACGAGACCACCGAGGAGGGCUGGAUGGAGGACUACGACUACGUCCACCUGCAGGGGAAAGAGGAGUUUGAGAAGAACCAGAAGCAGCUGCUGGAGAAGGGAAACAUCAUCAGACACAAGACACAGCUGGAGCAGCAACAGCUCAAGCAGUUCGAGUGGCUGGAGAAGGAGGUCAGCCGGCCCAUCGACCACGACAUGACGGGCUGGGUCCCGCCCCCCCAGCAGGCCCCGCCCCCCCACCACCAGGUCCAGAAUGGCUCCGCCCCCCCCGGCCGCCGGCUGUGCCCCGGCGACCGGCAGCUGCUGCUCUUCUACCAGGAGCAGUGCGAGCGCAACGCGGCGGCGGUGACGGACGCCAUCGACGCCUUCUUCGCCGCCGUCGGCUCCAACCAGCCGCCCAAGAUCUUCGUCGCUCACAGCAAGUUUGUGAUCCUCAGCGCCCACAAGCUCGUGUUCAUCGGCGACACGCUGUCGCGCCAGGCCGCGUCGGCCGACGCCCGGCGCCGCGUGGCGGCGAGCAGCAACGCCCUCUGCGAGCAGCUCAAGGACAUCGUGCUGAGCACCAAGGCGGCGGCGCUGCAGCACCCGGCGCCCGCCGCGGCCAGGGAGAUGACGGAGAGGGUGAGGGCGCUGGCCGGCUGCACGCAGCACUUCAGGGGGGUGCUGGGCCAGCUGCUGGGCCUGUAGACCCCCAGAGGGAGGACCCCCCACGGGACCUCCUGAGACCCCCCACGGGACCUCCUGAGACCCUGUGCCCCCCCCCCCCACGGGACCUCCUGAGACCCUGUGCCCCCCCCCCCCCACGGGACCUCCUGUGCCCCCCCCUCUCUUCCAGCGGUCUCUUGGGACCUGAACGCCGACGGCUGUAAAUUAAUCUCUGUAAAUAUUUAAGUUACUUAUUUAGUCAGAAAACCUGAGAGAGAAAAAGACUUAAACACUUCCGGUAUAUAUAUAUAAAUAUAUAUAUAUAUAAAUAUAUAUAUAUAAAUAUAUGGUUCUUUGUUUCUUUUUUUUGAUGAACGAAAAGAUGAAAACAUAAAUGUAGUUUUUAGACAAUAUCAAUAAUUGUUAUUAUCAUAGCGUAUAAUUCUGGCUCUUGUACCUUGUGUGAGUGUGCGUGUGUGUGUGUGUGUGUGUGAGAGUGUGUGUGUGUGCGUGUGUGUAUGUGUGAGAGUGCGUGAGUGUGUGUGUGUGUGUAUGUGCGUGUGAGUGUGUGUGUGUGUGUGUGAGUGACUGGGUGGUGUCCUACAUCUUCUCCACAGAGCCCCCCCCCCCCUCACGGCUCUGACCCGCCGCUGCUCGUCCACACUGGUCCCUCCGGUCUAGGAGAGGAGACGUCUCGUGUGUCCUCCUCCGGUCUAGGAGAGGAGACGUCUCGUGUGUCCUCCUCCGGUCUAGGAGAGGAGACGUCUCAUGUGUCCUCCUCCGGUCUAGGAGAGGAGACGUCUCGUGUGUCCAGCUGCAGUUAUUAAACAUGAUUUCUGUGAA